AAGAGGACUUCCGCUAACAGAACGCGAGUGUCGUAAUGGGGAUUCAGGGAGAUCUAUGAGAUGUGUUUCCUCUGACAGAUUCCUCUUCUCUUUACAUCUACAGUCUGGAGUCUAGCUGUCAGGGGUUUAACCAAAGGACAAAGGAAUGCCGCCUUUAGUUGGAGCUGAGCUGGUCCAGACUCCGGUGCAGCUCUAUCGGUAUCUGCUCAGAUGCUGCAGACUAUUACCGAAUACAGCAAUGCAGCAGCAUUACAGACAUGCUAUAAGACAGGGUUACAACAGUCAUUCAGAUGAAGACGACCAGGAAAGGAUACAAAUGAUCAUCCAAAGAGCGAUCGCAGAUGCAGACUGGAUUCUUGAUAAAUACACCAAGAAGAAGUGAUGUUCAGAGGAUGCAUGCAUUCCUGGCUGCACAGGAGUUUAUUUGUUAGAUGUUAUGCCUUAAUAUUUUUGUUCUUGUGUGCAAACGCCAAGAGUGAUUCAAUAUCUGUCACUAGAAAAAGUGUAAAUACUGUUAUUUGACUAAAAGAGUUUAUGACUGUGUAUAUGGCUUUCCCAGUAAAAUAAUGCUUAUA